AUGGUGGACAAGCGGAACGGCGCGGUGGGGAUGCGGUGGGAGUGGGAUGCGGCGUUCGGCGGCGUGUGGCCGGGGGUGAAGCGAAGGAGGGUAGCGGCGCCGAGGCGGAUUAGGAGGCUGCACGUCGGCGCGGCGCAGUGCCGUGGGCGGCGGCCCUAUCAGGAGGACAGGGUGGUGGCGCUGCAAGAAUACAAACUACCCUGCAGGGAGGACCAGUCACCAGCAUCCACCUCUGGAUAUGAGGCCAGUGGCAAUGACACACAACGGUCCUAUUUUGGGAUAUUUGAUGGGCAUUCAGGAGAGGAGGUGGCAGCCAUGGCGGCAGGGCGAAUGCACAGCAUCCUGGCACACACGCUGGCCUCCAACCCCACGCCAGAUGCCAAGAAGGGCGAUCGAGGUGACAGGGUGAGCAGGGCCCUGCGGCGAAGCUUCUUGAAAAUGGACAAGGAGCUGUGGCGCUGGUCGCUGAUGAACUGGGACGAGAGGUACCUGGGGGGAAGCUGCGCAUGUGUGGCAUACAGGGAGGGGGAGGACCUGUACGUUGCAAAUGCAGGCGACUGCCGCGCCGUGAUAUCUCACAACGGCACCGCCCUCCCGCUCUCCCGCGACCACAAGCCCGAUGCGCCCGGUGAGCGCGAGCGCCUGGCAGCCGUGGGCGCCCUCACGGCCCAAUCCAAAAACACGACCUACAUCGUCUCCCGCGAGUGCGCAUCCGGCCUGGCGGUGUCGCGCUGCCUGGGGGACAUCCACUUCAAGCAGCUCGGGUACCUGACGGCGGAGCCGGACGUGAGCCGCACGAGGCUGGAGGCGGGCCACGAGUUCCUGGUGAUGGCGUGCGACGGCGUGUGGGACGUGAUGACCAACCAGGAGGCGGUGAACGUCGUGAGGGAGUUCCUGAGGAACGUGGAGAGGACGGAAGAAGCUGUGGAGGCAGCUACCGCGAAGCUGAUAGAGAAGGCGCUCAUGAAGGGAUCUGGAGACAACCUGUCCGCAGUAGUGGCGCUGAUCGAGUGGGACAAAUAG